UGCAAAAGUAUGUAGGUGCAAAUGUCCAACGUGCAAAGAUAAUGAAACCAUAAGCACCAUUAAACCCUUUUCAAUCAUUACUUGCGAGUCUAUUUUGUAUUUCGGUGACCGGCUAAUCGGACUAAUCUAAUUCAAAAUGCUAUUUGAGACUUACCGAAAAUGAGAGGGGCGCAAAAGAGGAGGGAGUUAUAAACGUAAAUCUAUUCGUGAGCUUGCAAAAUACCUCUCAGAUCUGUUAUGUCCUGACAAGGCAAGGAGACGACUGUUUGAAGUAACGAAGUAUAUUACACAAUAUAUACAAUAGAAACGGCGACCAGUAUAAGACCAAAAUAACGAGCAGCCCACAAGCUUAACAGAAAACAGUAGAAUGAGUAACAGCCAGGGAAAUCCCUUGACGUCACAAUAUGCUAUAUACAAGACUAUGCGCAUGAAUAUCUACCAAGAAUGAGCAUGUAAAAUUAGUAUCAAUGUUUCCCCAAGCAUCCAUUACCUCGUUCAUUUUUGUAACAAUGACCAAUCAGCUACAAGUCAACAAUGACAUACAAUUGUUAUUUGGCCGCUUUUGCGUGUUAUUUGUAAGGUUUCCAGUUGCUAUUCCAAAAAAUAGUUGUAAAUAAAAUAACUGAAUUGUCUUCCGUAGAACGUCAGUAUAGGUUGCGAUAAUUAAAAAUUGAUACCGCAAACGCUGUCAUAGACUUGCCUGAAAUUAGAUAUCAAUCAGUACCUGUGAGCGGAACGGGGUCCAAUCUUUUGAGUGGAAUUGAUAUUUUUGAAAAUAUGAGCCAGUUUGUAGGCGCCAACUCCCUGAAAUACUCUCAAAAUAAGCGUUAAAAAGUUUUCCAUAGUUAAUUAUAAGAGAGAUUUUUCAGGUAUCAAGGGUCGCGGAAACGUCCAUGGUGAAGUCAUCACAAAAAGAUUUUUUCUGGUGCCGAAGGUCGCAGAGGCAUCCAUUGGAUACCGAAUUCAACAUCUGUACAUGGGCGAUUCUACCAUUGCAAUAGAUCUAUGAUGUAAUAACUUGUGACUAAUCCUAAAAUUAUGUCAAUCCGUUUUUAUUACCCGGCAUAUAGCCGAAAUGGGCAUAACAAAAUUAAAUCACCUUUGCCUGCCCUAGAAUGGACAGAAUAACAGCCAAAUGAACAUUCGGUCUACUUGUCAGCGGCUACUUUGCAAUAGCUGUAUCAAAUUUAUGAAUACAAUUACAAAUACAAUUUAUGAAUCAAAGUUACUACAAUACGAGUACAGUAAAGGCUUUUAUGCGAGAACAGCAUAGCCUCGAGAUAGCACUACAAGGCAAUGAGUUGCCAUGGUUUUUAUAGAAUUAGGGACUCCCCCUGUAUUUUUUUUUUGAUGCAACGCUGUUCUGGCAGUUAGCUAGACGUUUUCGAAGGAGAAUUCAGUAAGAAAGUUGAACAUUAUAUAAUCUACUUAUAUUAGAUUCAACUGUAUAUCAAUAGAGAAGUACUCAUACUGAUAUCUUAAGUCGAAAAACUACUUCAUAAGUGUAAAGAUAUAUCAAACUAACAAAUGGAAUCACAAUCAUGUCCAUGCAGCCAUGGAGCCACGAAUCACUAAAAUGUAAAAUCAUAAGAUAAGAUUUUAUUUCGAUUCAUUCGCAAAAACAAAAUAAACACAUAUACACAAAAGAUUAAGGCGAAGAAUCUGGAAAGUGAACAAAACCUAAUAAAAUAGGUUUAAAACGUAUUAAACGCGUUCACUUACCAAAGACUGAAAGAAAAAAGAAAACGAGUCACAAACACAAACAAAUAAACAUACAAACAAAUAAACAUGAAUAUUGACGGCAGUCAUUACUCAGGCGUUUCACUUGGUAAUCAGGUUGCGUGCAAUCUUUUCAAAGACAAAACAGUGAAUUAAAUAUCCGCUGUGCGUGUGAUGCGGCAUGUAAACAAACAGUCCGAAAAAUCCUAGAAUGAGGUGAAUAAAAGUACAGAAGUAUGUAAUAGGGGAACGGCACUACAUAUUUAGGAAGGGUAUAAAGAGAAUAAGUGAUUGCGUAAUUGUUUUUUUAAAAUUGGGAUAUGUCAAGUCUUUAAUGGUAGAACUGUAGAAGGUGAAUCAUUCCAAAUUUUUACACCUGCUCCCCCUUGGGUUGAUGAUCGCAUGUGAUGGCUAUGUAUAAAAUACUGAGCUGUGAAAUAAUUAUUAAAAUCUUUUGGUAAUAAAUUUGAUGGGUAUUGAUGCAUUUAUUUCCAGAAAGGCAUAAAUUCUUGAACUUGAGGGGUACAACUAGUAAGAGGUGUACAAUUGAAUAAUAUUGUUACAGCUUUAUUGUGUAAAACUUCUAUUCUUCUUGACAAUUUUCUGGUAAUUUAAGUUGGGUUGGGGGCUGGGGCGAAGAUGAUCUUUGGUGACGUUUUACAUCCCCGAAGGAUUUUAUACUCAUAUACUACUUCAAUAGAGGUACGUCAAGAAAAAUCUACUUUCAAAUGUAAGUACAGAAGUAAAUUAACUGCGAACUUAGGACCGGAUGCACAUAUUUAUCCUGGGGGAGAGAAAAGUUGAUAAGAUGGUCCAAUCAUAUGGCGAACCAUGGUCUCUCGUCUGGGUAUCAGCCCACGUCGGGUAUGGGAUUAUUUGGUUUACUUUUAUAUCUGUAUGUCAAUUUUGGUUGAAAUAUUAUUUUAUUUUCCUACUUAUCGCUGUAGUACGAGCUUUGUUAUUGAGUAAGUAAAUGCAUUCUAAGAAGGAAUUGCCCGAUUCACCGGGGUUUGGAGUUUCAUUGAAACUUGAUGUGCACUCGGAAAAGGAUUUCUGGGGCUCUGGUGAUGGUUUCAAACCUGCCAAGCAUGAAGUGAGCAAGAAAGUGUUGUAUCCAUCAGACCAUGCUAUUUCCCGACAGGUCCGAACUACAAGAGAAAUACAAAGAAAUCUUUCUGAUGCCUUGGAUAAUUUGGAGUCUCGUACCGCUUUGAGUGAAGUACAAACACUUUGUCAUGCAAUACUUAAUCUGUACAAAAAGACCCAACAUCUUUCACAGAUUGUUGAUAUUUUGGACAAAUUGAAUAAAGAAAUCAAAUUUUGUAGGAUAAAUCUACCUGGACUUCAAGAUGCUAAUUCAAAGGCCAAGUUAAGUCACAGAAUUGAAUGGCUUGAGAAAGGAAUACUCACACUUGUUGAAAGGAACAGCUCUGAAAAAUUGGAUGAACUGCUAGAAUUGAAGACAGUUCCUGAAAUCAAAGUACCAAACGAAAAACAAGUCAGAAAAACAAGUUUGAAUCUUGUCUCUUCUGCCUCCUUUUUUACAGAGGUUCCAGGAGCAUCCCCGACACCAAAAUCUAUUAUUCAUCUAACUCCUGAUGUACCCUUAUCACAACAAACCUUUGAAAGGUCAUCUCUGAAAAAAACUGCUACUUUACCACCAGUUUCGUUUUCAAUACCAGAAAAUGAAGAAACGAAGUCAAAUGCUGAUGCGAGUGAUGCUUAUUGGUCAAGUGGUCAUCAUCAAUUUAUUUAUUCUCCCAAUAAGGACAUUAUCAUGCAGGAGAAUGCUCUUUCCUACCAUUAUCUCGGCCUUGCUAUGCCAGCGAAUUUCGUUACUCCGACUUCAGAAGAAUAUAUAAUAUCUGCAUCUUUGCCUUGGCUGACAGAUCAAAAUGCAGCAGCAGGAAAUUUUGACAUAUUGAGAGGUGAUUUGGAACGAGUAUUACGUCGUACUCGCAGAAUUCAAGAUAAAGUUUGGAAAGCUGCUAAUUUAUCUGUUGAAUUUGAUGUGAAUAGCAGCGGUGAAGACAACAAUGAAAAUUAUGAAAUUGUCAGUAAAUUGCAAAGUAGAGGUAGCACUAGAGGCAGAAAAAGAAUAUGGACUGGAGGAUCAACUGUUGGUUCUUUUCGAAGUGAUGUUACUAGAGCUACGUCAUCAAUGAAAUCUUCAAGGCCUGGAUCAUCAUCAAGUAUAAUGAGUAGUUCAACCUACAUAUCAUCAGGAUCUCUGGCUGAUUUGCAACCUAACACUAAAAACAUUCAACAAUUAACUAGAACGAACAUGUCAAAAAGAUAUCCUCAUGUCUGUGAUAGGUGGACUGAAGCUCGUCCAGAUAGUGAUCAUUUGAUGACACAACAAACAAUUGUAAAUCAAAGAAAUUUAUACAAUCAGACCAAACUAAAGCUAUUUGUAACAAAAAGAAACAGAGACAGGUCUUCUAUUAGGCGUGAUUUGAUAACUCCCAACAGUGUUACAUCAAAUCGCUCAUUUAGAAGGAUUGGAAGUGGAAUACGAUUCAUUGAAAAGUUGAAGUCCAGUGGAGGUAAUGCUCUUUCACAGCCUCAAAAGCAAAGGCUGGAGGAUCUAUUAACAACCGGAAUAAAGUCUGAAAAAGACGAUGUCAGAAUUUAUGCAGCGAAAUCUUUAUCUUUUCUUGGAGUUGCAGAUUCGGAUAGCACUGUUCCUGUAUUAACUGAUUUGGUGAAAAAUGACUCGAAUGCUAUUGUGCGAUUUGAAGCUUCUAAAGCACUUCUGAAUCUAGGAUUUUGUUCAUGUGAUGCUGUCAGAGAGUUGACACUCCAUCUUCGCCAUGGCAAUGAUGAAACAAAACUUGAUGUUUUAGAGCAAAUAGCUUGUACAUCUACUAUUCGAGGAAUAUUCCAUGAGAUUGAAUACAAAAAAGUGAUGCGAAAAUUGGUCAAGGAACUACGACAGCUUGCUGAAUCGUCUGAUGCAAAUGAAGAAAUCGUUUUUCGAGCAGCUGUUUGUCUUGGACUAAUUUGUGGACAUACAGAUGAAGAUUCUGCCGUGAUUUCUCAGACAAAGUUGAAGCAUGCAGUUCUUUCUUCAACAGACUGGACGGUUCGUGCACAAUCACUCGAAGUUCUAGUUCGUUGCCUAAAUUACUGUGAUGAAGAAAUAUUCAAUGUCAUUGUAAAACAUCUGAUAAAUGCCGUCAAAUGGAAAGAUAGAUUGGCAGCUGCGUUAUUGAUAGCAUUUUUAGGACCGAAUAAGUUGGAACAAAUUGUUGAUGAGGAAACAUUGUACAGGAUACUUAGCAAGAAAAUGUACGAUGAUGUUAAAAGGGAUGUUCGACUUGGUGUAUCACAAGCUAUCACAGCUCUUGGAAUGAGAAACAGGCUUAUGGAAGAUUUGGAUAAUUCAUUGCAUGACUCGAAUGAAGAAAUUCGAUCACAAGCUGUCAUUGCAAUGUCUGGUGCAGGAAUUCGAUCUGACACAACAUUAAGAUUUUUGGUUGAAAUGUUGGGUCUUGAUUCGAGUGAUUAUGUCAGAUUGCAGGUAAUAAGAACCUUUCAAGCACUUGGUGUGACAGACAUCCGUGUGGUUAGAGCUGUGAGGGAAAGAGAAAAAAGCGGUGGUCCACUUGCUAGGGCUGCACAAAGAUAUUUGAAUGCAUUUGACAUUCCUCUGGCAUCGUCACAAGCCUCUCAAAGACGUGCUGCAAGCUCAAAUGCCUUUGACAGGAACUUGACCCGCGGUAACUCAUCAUGGUCAUACAAUACAAGAGCAUCAAACAUAUUUACUCGGGAAUCAAUGCGAAGUAAAACAACUCUCAAUUCACCAACUAAAAGUUCAAGAAAAGCAUCUUCUGUUGGACUGAACACAGAUUCUUUUCCAAAAAUUGAGAUUUUAUCCACAGCUACUAGAAAAUCUCCUUCUAAGAAAUCGCCAUAUGGCAAGGUUUCUUUCUCUGACGGAAGAUUGCUUACUAGUGCCAGUAGUAUUUUCUGAAUUGUCCCCCUUUUUCCGUUCAGAAACAUAUAAUUUGCCAGGAUGUAAUUAUUACUGCUUUUUCCAAAUUUUCAAUACUUUUAUUGUGGUUUGUAAAAAGAAUGUACAUAGCUAUCCACUGUGAGUUUUCGUUAUUGAACUGCUGAUAUUUUACUUAGUUUUUUUAGUGGUCUCACUGACAUUUACCUAUUUUACCCAUGCAUUUAAAUCUCUCGCCUUUAUCAUGUUUAACCCACUGUAUGGCUUUUUUCGUUUUGUUAAAAUUAUGAAGUUUUGUAUAUUUAUGAUAAAUCCAUUCCAUUUCCAUGCUUAUCUUGUACAACUGUACUAAAAAAAUUUGUCUUUAAUAAGGCAAUAUCUACCAAUGAAAGCAUGUGAUACUAUCUUUUUGAGUGAAUAAUUUUCUUUAAAUCAAUCUAAUGUUUUUGUCCUUAAAAGAGGAUUCAAAAUGGUUGCAUAAAAAUAACUACUAUACAACACAAUGUGUAGUAGUGGUGAAGCAUGGAUUUUGCAACCUAGUUAUGUUAUUAUACAUAUUUUGAAAUUACUCUCUAAAUUAUGAACAUAAGUGAUUCAAUGUGUGGAAGAAUAAAUAUGUAUCCAAUAUAUUUUAUUUGAUGCAAACCAGUGUAAAUAUCAUUUUAAAGUGAAUGACUUUUCUUCCAAAAAGGUAUAUAUUAUUAUUAUCAGAAUUCUAAAAUACAAUUGCCUUGGUUCAG